UAAGAGGACUAAACUAUGUAUAGUGCACAGUAUAAACUGAUUUAGGGCGUGUCCAACCACCUCUGCUUGUUAAGCGGUGCAUUACCUGAGCACAAAGUAAACUGCUGUGUUCAAAGGGGUUGUAUUUAGUCCCUUAAUUAACUAUAGGUGUGUUUUAGGUGUAACAUGCAUUGAACCAAUCAUCACCAUCUCCCAUUCCCUUUAAGAAACCCAGGUGCGCCUUCACCUGAUGCACUGCUGUUUACAUAGCAGAUUUGGCAGAUUGGAGAAGCGAGCAGUUUCUGCUGAGAGUAAUGCAGAAAGAGCAGUAAUGUCACUGCAGCAAAUAUCAUGGGACAUUUAAGCAGCAAAACUUAAAACGAUCAAUGACAGAGGAAACAGAACUAAACUUUUAGCCUCUGAAAUAAUGAAGUUAUGCUGCUCCUUGUUUGUAAAUGCACACAGCGUCUCCCUUAAUGAGUCAGACAGCAGCUCUGCUCUGCUCUCUGCUAUGUUCACAUUUAAGAAAAAUGUAAUUAAUAUUUUCCCCAUUAAUGACGUAUUAUUUCACCUACCUGCAACCCAUCUGCACAUCCCUGUGUGUGCAACAAGCAGAGUGUACCCACGUUAUGAACCCGCCAAGGUAGGCGCGUCUUGCUAUCUGAGUAAUGCACCAGUUAAAUAGCAGGAGGAUACUGCUCCAAUCUAACUUUGGACAAGAUUUUUGUUGGUUAAUGGUGCAGUUGCUUUCUGCUGCCACAAAAUAUCAAUAUCCCAAUAAUGCCCCUGACCACACCUCAUUUUAAGACCUACACACUGCCCAUGGGCAUACAGAUAGGUGCAAGUACAUUUGCUACUCACAAGGUGUGGGUGCUCAGUCUGAAACUAGCAAUGGCAGUUGUGCUGUGCUCUGCACCAGGUGUGAGAUUAUGGCCCUAAGAAUCUACAGCUAGCAUGCUAGCAUCUCUGUGAAGUAGGCCUACAAAGCAAAAUGCUAACAAGCUUAAAAUGACAAAGCAGAUGUUUAACGGGUAUAAUGUUUCAAGGUUUCAGCCAUGUUCAAUAUCACAACUGUUAUCGAUCCAUUAAAUGCCUGUUAUCUGUGAUUAUAAGCCUCAUAGAUAUGAGUCAGUAGGGGCCUGUUAGGUUUAGAUGCCAAAAUGAUGUGGUUAGAUUUAGAAAAAGAUCAUGGUUGUUGGUUUAAAAUGGGACGUGAAGCCCAGUCUCUUGGGUGAAAGUCCUGUGAUAACCUUCAAAAAAACUAUUAUUAACUAUUAUUAUGAUACAUCGUUUAGGGACCAUGAAUAUCUGCACGAAAUUUCAUAUUAUCUCAUUCUGUAGAUGUUACGAUGUUUCACAGGAUAACACCAAAGUCAUGAUGAGUCAUCCUCUGGACAGCAUUAAUUCCUGUACAAAAUUUCCAUGCAGUCCACUGAGAUAUUCUGGUAUGGACCAAAUUGGUGGACUGAUUGACCAACCUGCAUAGCAAGCAUAGCUAUAAACCCUUAUCUAUUGUGGAUAAUGUGUUGGCAUCUGAGAGUUUAGCUUGUCUAAUAUUCAUCCGAUUUGAUUAAAUGUAUGAUAUCAUUUCUGUCAUAAAGAAGAGGUGACACCUUUUCAAAUGAUGGGUAUCUAGUUUUGAAAAAGCACCAGACAGUUUUCAAAUCUGGCCAGGUUUACCACUGUAUAAAAAUGUUUUGUGUCUUCUUCCUUUUUUUUAAAACAGAAAUUGAUGCCACGUUGUUUCCAUUCCUGUCUGCUGACAACCCUGAAUUCCAGACUGGUUCUUUAGGCCCUGAUCCAAUGGGAUUGCUCUAUCUCCACUGUAUUUCUCCCACCACCUCCUCCGCUUUCCCUCUGUUUUUUCAUCUCUCCCUUGGCCUUCAUCCCUCUGUCUCUUUGAGAGAUGGAAAGAAUGUGUCAGGCCCUUUGCCCUUUCGUGUUCUUGUUAGCCGUACCAAUUACCAGGAAAUGGAUGCUCUCGGAGAAUUUUUUUUUGCUCGCUUGUGGACAGCUGAGUUAAGCAGAGAUAGUUUUGUUUUCAACUUGUGCAGGUUGACAAAAGUCUUUAUUUACGAUUUCUGGAGGAACAAGAAGGAUUACAUGCCCAGCAUACUCACUUAAGGCCACUGCGAAUGUCCACUAGAGCAUCUGUGUGCUGUUAUGUGUCUUGCUCAAAGGUAUGUCACAUUUAAUGUUUUUACUGCAACCCCAGACUAUAGAGCCGAGGCCAUUUUUUGAGUCUUAAAACCCACAGUGAUUGAUUAAAAAAGCAGAAUACUGAAAUUAAGCAACAAAAAACAAGUAUCUGGGGUAAAAAUAGCCUAAGACUCAGAUGCAUUGAGUGGUCUGGGUUAUAACAGAGGAAAGGCUCACUUAAAAAUACAUUGUCAUUUUUCAUUUUUAACCUCUGUAAUUUACUGCAGUCUCAAAAAACCUCAUGCUUGAAAGAAUUAUUGAAAUUCCUGGCAGUAAAUUUCAUGGCCCAUUAUUAAUUCAAGAUUUAGGGAUGAUUCAUUUGUAAUUCAUAUCAACAGAGCUAUAAUACAUGAGAAAUGGGGCUGUUUAAAUGUAAUAAAUAAACUUAAAAUCUCAUUGGACACACUUCUCAUGUCUAAAUUUAACUGAGUGAAGCCAGGAGUCAGGCAUGAACAAAAUGCAGUAGAGGUAAUGUUCUUUGUUGUGAUAACUGUGUGUUUAUUCCCUGCACUGUGGUAAAUAUUCCAUAAUACUUAUAUACUUUAUGCCCGGUGCUGAUGAGGAUUUUGGUGGUCAAAGGUCAAGAGCUAUGACCUCACUGCUUUCAUUCUCAUCAUUGCAAUGUCUCAAGAACAAAGAAUGAAUUUCCUCAGACUUGGCACAAAUGUCCAUUUGGACUCAGCAAUGAACUGAUAAGAAUUUGGUGGUCAAAGGUCAAGGUCACAAAAUAUGCUUUUGGCCAUAACUCAAGAAUUAUUACGCUAAUCAUGACAAAGUUUCAUACAAAUAUCUAAUACAAUAAAAUGAUGAAGUGAUGACCAUUCUCUUCCUGGCAUGAAGCAUAAUCUAAUGUGACAACUAGUACUAAUCUAUUUUUACAAUAUGUUUCAUGUAACUCGUGUUUAUUGUAUCUCAUCUUUUUCUGAUUUGUAAUCACUGAUAUUUAGUUUGUUGUCCAAUACUGUUUAAUGGCUUUGCUUUGACAUUCAUGGAGGAUGAAUACAUCUGGUCAUUUCUUCACUUUUCCUGUAGCACCAUGAGGUUCAUAUUGUGGUUUUGGGUAAAAUGCCCAGCGCAGUUGCCAGAAUAAAAUGUUGGCAUUGUGCAUUUCAGCAAAUCAUGGAUGUGUAGUUUAAGUUACCUGUGCAUGAACUAAGUUUCUUAUCAGGAGGACGACGGGAUGGUGGAUGCUGUGACACUCAAGCAAGAUGGCUGCCAAGCUGCAGAGCACUGUUGGGGACCAGAGACAUUCUAGCUGUAUUUGUGGUGAAAAAACGGGGACAUUUAUACCCCAUUUCUCGCAACAAAACUGGAUAUUUUUCAACAGGACGUUGGGACAUUACCAGUUGAUUUGUAGGAAUCAAACCAGGUAUUUUUUAAUGAGACAUUGGGGCAUUUCCAGCCAGGGUUGUAGCAAUCAAAUUGGGUAUUUUUUGACGAGACACUGGGACAUUUACAGUUUGUUUGUAAUAAGCAAACUGGGAAUUUUUAAACAAGUCAUCGGGACAUUUUCAACCAAGUUUGUAGCAACCAAACCUGGUAUUUUUUGACAAGAUGUUGGGACAUUUCCAGCCAGAGUUGUAAUAUCCAAAUUGGGUGUUUUUUGAGGAGACGUUGGGACAUUUCCAGCCAGAGUUGUAGUAUCCAAAUUGGGUAUUUUUUGAGGAGACGUUGGGACAUUUCCAGCCAGGGUUGUAGCAACCAAACCUGGUAUUUUUUGACAAGACUGUGGGACAUUUCCAGUCGAUUUGUAGUAUCCAAACUGGGUAUGUUUUUACGAGACAUUCGAAGAUUUCCAGCCAUGUUUGUCAGGGCCGGACUGGGUAUUUUUUAAGGAGACAUUGAGACAUUUAAAGUUUAUUUUUUAGCAACGAAACCAGGUAUUUUUUAAAGGUAUUUCUGAAAAACUCUUGCUAUUCCCAUCAGCCUCAGCUGUACUUUGUGUUUGCAUGCUAACACACUAAAAUAAUACAGUGAUGAUGGUAAACAUUACGCCUCCUUCUGUCCUUGUUGCCAGAAUUCUGUCAUCCUUUGUCUUAUUCAAAAAUGCAUCAUCAAGCUGAAAUCAAGACCACUGACCACUGGCACAGGAAAAAAAACAAAAAACAAAAACACCAGGACUGUCAGAUAUAGAGUAGGGCAGGUUCAGUUCAUAUUUUUAGUUACUUCGGUUGCUAAAUAAGGUGCUCUGAGGUGUUUGACCUGCACCUGGAUGGCAGAAACAGGGUCCAAAUAUGCACUUUUUUGCAAACUCCAGAUUCCAUUCACUGCCUGCUCGGGCCCUAUAACCGUUACCUAAUGCAUAUUCUACAUAUUCUACAUGUCAGCCACACAUUGCUGAUGAAAUCCCUCGAUUUAUGGACCAGCUCUCGACGAGUCACCCAUUGUGGAAUGUCUGCUGAAACAGGCCCUGUUGUGUUCUAAUUAUAACCUGAACUGCCUUUCUUCUCUGGUGUUUUUCACCUUUUAAAGUUUUUACUUUUCUUUUAUUGAUCCUCAGACAUAACGGUAAAGAUAAGAGAAGCGACCAAAGCAGAAUACAACGUGGGCCUGUUUUAAGACAUUCCACAGUGACUCAUCCUGCCCCUUUUUAAUCUUUCACCGAACUUCUUCCUUUACAUUUCCUACAUGGAUCAUUUUUGUGUUUGCGUACUGAUAAAGUUCUCUCUGUGUAUCUCUUGGCUGGCCUGCCUUUCCACUUCCGCGUCUGUCUAGCUACCUAUCUACUGAUUCAUUUAUUACACAUAAUUCUCAGCAUCAUCAAUGUGACAUCAUUGUCCACUCCUUAGCAGCUCUUAAGAAGCCCCAAACCUCCGGGAAAUCCAUAUUGCCAGGGGCCAACAUCCUUUGGAAAAACAUCUGGGGGAAACUCAACAAUAAGCCGGUGAUUUACACCAAUUAGAUAAUCUCAAAAGGACAAAUUCUGGGUCAAGCGCCCGACUGCCCUCCUACGCUCCUGUCAGGCUCAGGUGAGUGGGAUAGUCUGUUGGCAAGUAACGGGUUAGUGUCUGUCUCCCCCCUACACCUCCUCAUCUCAUCCCUUCACCCCCCCCCUUCAUCUCCGAGGGCUAUAUAUUGGACGUUGUGACUCGUCUGCAUCUUAAGCAUCACUCGCACCCGCAGACAUUCGCAGACAUACAAACCCACAAGUGUCUGGUUCAUUUUGAGCAACGGCGUAGACGAAGAGCAGACUCCAGCGAUGAGGUCCCUGUUGAAGCUGGUUGUGAUUCUGUUUUGCGUCCAGAGGGGAGAGGGCCACUGGCUGAGAUCACUGAUUGACCAGAAACAAGAAGCAGCAUCUCCACACAUAUCACCAAAUGCGGACAAGAGAAACAGAGAUCCAUCUGCAGAAGACGGCCAAACAGAAGCUUCUGGAGUCGGGCCAUCACCUGAUCCCGUCGUCCCGAUCCCAGUCCGGUCACGUCGCUCUGCUUCAGACUCCCAGUGUGGCCUGCGCUCCAUCCUGCUGCAGGUUCGAAACCUCGGGCUGGGCUACGACUCCGACGAGACCAUCCUCUUCAAGUACUGCGGUGGGACGUGCCCCCAUGUUCGCUCCAACCAUGACCUCACCCUCACUAACCUGCUGGUGAGCGGGGUGCUCCCUCAACCAGCACCUGGGGAUGUGUGGCACAACACGCCCUGCUGCAGGCCCACCCACCACGAGGAUGUGGCCUUCCUUGAUAACUCGCACCGUUGGCACAAGGUGGAGAAGCUGUCGGCAGCGGGGUGCAGCUGUGUUGGCUAGACAGCCGAGCGGAGAUGACUGAACGGAGGAAGUGAGAGGGUAGGGGUGUGUGACAAGGCGUAUGAUGGUUUGUGAGGACAAGUCGAUUCUAAGGACAAGUUUGCUGGCAGGUUUUCUUAUUGUGUCUGUAAAUGAAGAGUUGAAUUCCAAAAUGACAUACCUUUGAGUAAGCUGAAACCUUUUCUUAUGACGUUAUUUAUGUCAGAAUCAAUGAGCACAAAAAACCCUUUCACUUUUGGGUGAAAACCUCAUGAAUCCAGUUAAGUUGAUUUAAAUGUUCUGACUUCGACUGCUGAUCUAAUGGGCCUCAAUGGGAUUAGAAUUUUAUUACUUUUGGCAUUUGUGAGCUUUAAAAAUCCACCCUGUAACAGUCCAGCUACAAUAUACUGCUGCUUUUCUAAGUUCAUGAACAGUUUGCAUUCUAAAAAAGGGUGUUUUUCAUCUGAUGUUGACAGUAAAUACAUAUAUAAGGAAUUAGAAAUAAGCUCUUCAUAUGUAAGUACUUUUCUUUCUUUUUUUUUUUUAAAUGAAAGCAUUGCUUAUAUCAACUGAUUCUGUCCAAAGCGGUCUAAAACUGUAAAAACUGAACAGAGACAAGAUUCUACUACAAGCUACUUGACUAUUUUUGUAAAUAAGUAUUUAUUAAAAAUCUUGAGUGCAACUUUGGGGUUAAUAGUAGAAGGGAUUAUAUAUACUAAGCUGUAUAGAUAUACCCGACGCAGCUGAGGGAAGCUCUUUUUAGUUCAGACUAAUUUGUCAACAGUCCAGCUACAAUUUUAAAAAAAUGUAUUUAUGUAAGAUAAGUUAUUUAUUUAUUUGUUGCCUUUUUUGUCAUGCUGAUUAACUUAUUUUGUAAUGUGUUUAUCUCUGUGUUCAUUGUGUGU